GACAGUCUAAUGUUAUGUAUUUUAGUAACUGUAUAGAUAUUCCAAGAACAUAAUGUAGUCUUUCAUACCUUUUGAUACAUAGCAACUGAAUACUAAAUGUCACACAGUAUCCCUGGCUGUUGACAGUUAGUCUAUGUGUUGUUGGGGUUUUCCAUUAUGACCAUUGACUUACUGAUCAGGAGGAACUUGAUUAGUGUGAGGGUAUGCGUGGUCGAGUUUACUGGUCUGAGAGGAAAAUUACAGUAUGACCCUGUGUUCACCUACACAGGGAAGCUGUAAUGUCAUGCCUGAGUGGGAGCCUGUGGUAAAUGUGACCUAGUGAAAGCUUGCUCUCGCUGGUGGGCGAGGUGUGGAACACUAAAUGUGACGGGGGAGCUUUCUUGAAGGUUCCCUCUCGUUUGGGUUCCAGUGUUCUCACACCUUCAUAUCCAAGCGGAUGGAGGUGGGGUGGGUUUAUUCGUUCUGCUUUCUUUGUUUUUGCUUUAGCUUACUUAUUCUGUAAAAUUCCCAUACUGAUCUGCUUUUUUGUUACAUUUUAUGUAUUUUAUGGCAGAAGGUAUCAUCUUGACAAUGCAAAAGAAUAAGAAAAUACCAAAAGAUAAGCAUACUAAUCAAAUAAAUGGCUCAGAAUGACAUUCUGACAUACGUAUAAUACAGAAAGACCAUCAAGUUUUUAAGACGAUAGUAUUUAUGUAUAUAUCUUGUGCAAGGUUUUGCGAUAAUAAAUCAAAUAACCAGCAGUUGUGAUGUGUGUUUAGCCCUAAUCUAUGUCUGUGAGUGUGUGCUUGUGUUGGUACAUUAGUUGAUAUUGUGAACUGAGACGAUUACACAUCACCAAAGGAUUGUAGAGCUUUCACUUUCCAAAUGGCACAAGCCAUUAUGUCACAGCCAGGGCUUUCUGGGGGAACUUAACCACGGAGUGGGGGGUUUCCACUGUAGUGUGGAGGGGGAGCACAACACUGUGUCAUAUUCCAGGUUUGUGUGUUCAUCAAAGCGUGUGACAGCAUUGAGUUCAGCAUUGUACGAUAGACCCCCCUAAAAUAUCUGACUGAUCCAGUUGUAUCACACCAUCUAAGUCCACCGUUCAGGGCAACAUAACAAGGUUGUAUGAUUUAUAUCAAGCUCCUCUCGGUAUCAGGAUGAAGGUGAUUGAGGAUGACUUAGGGAGUCGGUUCAGGUUUGCUGAGUCAUGUGUGGGAUUGACAGGGUGUCUCUGCGUGGCCUACUCUGUGUGGAGCUCUCGCUGGCUCUGGGACACGGGACUAUGGACUUUAGGGAAUAACAUCACCAGCACAGACCAUGACAUUGACCAGAGUGACAUUAUCUUCAACGCUCUAGAGGCAGAGCAAGUAUUUGCUGUGCUGUCCUUCCUCAUGGCUCUGAGUUCAGGAGCUCUGUGUCUUAUGUUCGCCCUCUGCUGGACAUCUCAGACCGUGCGCUCCUUCUCCAACAAUCGCUCUUUGCUCAUGGCAGGCCAGGCACUCAACCCGACUGUCCUGCUGCUCCUCACUCUUGGACCCACAGGUUUCUUCUUCCUCCUCAGCUGGUCCAUCUUCACCUACCAGCAUUGGAUGGAAAUCAGUAGUGACAUCACCAGCCUGGGUUCCUCCUAUUGGCUUGGCGCCCUGGGCUGGGCCCUGCUAUUGGUUGUUUUCCCAGUGGUGUUCCUGGUGGAGCAGUGUGUGGUCCCUGACAUCAUGCCGAACCUCAUGAAUGCUGCCGAUGGCUGGCUCCGCACCUCCCCGGUUCCAUAUGCUGAGCGCCCAUUCAGCCAGAUUCAUCAGCAUUGUGACAUGGAAAGGGGGCUGAAGAGGUGCAUGUCUGUAACAUGAGACAAGGAAUGGAUAAAACAGGGAUGAAGUGAAACCUUCGGGUUUCAAGUCUGAGCAGAAUGCAGGACUGAACUGGACAGGUCAGGACUUAUGGAAGUCUGUGUUUACUCUAGCAGUUUACAUAAGGAAGUCAGAAUCUGCACCCUACCAGCUUUGAGGCAUUAGUGAUUAUAUGAAUAUGAUUAUAUUCAUUUCACCUGGGAGUGGGCAAUUUCUCUAUCAGAGUCUUCUCCAGUGGUCACAAACUGUCCUCAUCUGGAAAGCAUGGUGAGCAAGGACUUUUAAUCUAAACGUAAAUUCUCCACCAGCUUGUGUUAUUCCUCACUACAAGCAGAUACUAGAUGUUGUUAUGCCUCACCACUGUGCUAGCUGUUAUGUCACACCUCUAUACAAGGUGUUGUAAUGCCUCACUACUGUACCUGCUGUUGUUAUGCCUCACCACUGUGCUAGCUGUUAUGUCACACCUCUAUACAAGGUGUUGUAAUGCCUCACUACUGUACCUGCUGUUGUUAUGCCUCACCACAAUAAAAGUGUGACUUUUAUUUUAA